UGGCUGUAAGGGGAAACUUGCCACAUUAGGACUGAAAGAGGCGGCGGCGGCGGCGGCCGAUCAAGCAAAGACUCUGCAGAGAGAGAUUGGCGGGCAGGAAACUUUUUAGCCACAAUCAGGUGGCUUCUAUCUAUCAACCUCUUCUCCAUCCCGAAGCAGAAUGCUAUAGCCUGAAAGACGCCGCCGCCGCCGCAUGCCAGAGGAAAAGGAGGAAGGGGGAGAGAGGGAAAGCAGCUCACAGCAAGUAAAAUAACAAUUGAGACCUUUCAACAAUGAAGAGUAACCAGCUCCGAAGGUUUUUGCCUUGGCUGGUUUGUCUCCUGUGGAGCCUGCAGUCUGCCGCUUCUCAAGCAGUCUGUACAGGAACCCUAAAUGGACUCAGUGUCACAGGGGAUGACCUGCAACGAUACCAGACACUACAGAAGAGAUACAACAAUUGUGAGAUUGUUAUGGGGAACCUUGAGAUUGUGCUCAUUGAGCAAAACCAAGACCUCUCCUUCUUGCAGACUAUUCGAGAAGUAACCGGCUAUGUUUUGAUUGCCAUGAAUGUCUUCACACACUUGCCACUGCAGAACCUACGCAUAGUACGAGGGACCCAGUACUAUGAAGACAAAUAUGCCCUCUUCAUCAUGCUCAACUACGAACAAAAUGUCACGCAUGCCUUACGCUCGGUGGGCUUCCACCAACUCACAGAAAUCCUGUCAGGGGGCGUCUAUAUUGGGAAGAAUGUGGGGCUGUGUUAUAUGGACACGAUCGACUGGGGAGACAUCAUUCGAGAUCCACGAUCCCAAGCAUUGAUCCAUGACAAUGGGAAGAAAUGUUCUCCAUGCCAUGUGAAUUGCAAUGGACGCUGCUGGGGACCUGGUCCCAAUGACUGUCAAAAACUUACCAAGUCCAUCUGUGCCCCUCAGUGCAAUGGCCGCUGCUUUGGGCCCAACCCCAACGAGUGCUGCCACGACGAGUGCGCCGGUGGCUGCACCGGCUCCCUCAAGACUGACUGCUUUGCCUGCCGGCACUUCAAUGACAGCGGGGCAUGUGAAACACUCUGCCCGCGGCCGUUGAUUUACAACAAGCAUACCUUCCAGCUGGAGCCCAACCCGGACACCAAGUACCAGUAUGGUGGCAUCUGUGUGAAAAACUGCCCACAUAAUUUUGUGGUGGAUCGGAGCUCGUGUGUCCGGACCUGCCCUAAUGACAAAAUGGAGGUAGAAAAAAAUGGCCAGAAGAUCUGCCAGCAGUGUGAGGGACUCUGCCCUAAAGCUUGUGAAGGGACUGGAAGUGGAAGCAAAUAUCAGACAGUGGAUUCCAGCAACAUUCAUCACUUUAUCAACUGCACCAAAAUUUUGGGCAACUUGGAUUUCCUUAUCACUGGUCUGAAAGGUGACCCUUGGCACAACAUAAGUGCCCUGGAGCCAGAAAAACUCCACAUCUUCCGGACUGUGCAAGAGAUCACAGGAUAUCUGAACAUCCAGUCAUGGCCAAAACACAUGCACAACUUCAGUGUCUUCUCCAACCUUAUCACCAUUGGUGGACGCAGCCUGUAUAAUGGUGGCUUUUCAUUGCUAAUCAUGAAGAACUCAAAUGUAACCUCCUUGGGCUUCCGCUCACUUCGGGAGAUCAGUGCCGGAAAAGUCUACAUCACUGAGAACCGACAACUUUGCUAUUACCACACGAUCAAAUGGGAAAGCCUCUCCCGCCAACGUUCACACCUUGACAUCAGGAGUAACAAAUCACCCAGGAGAUGCACCCAAGAGGGGAAAGUCUGCGAUCCUCUUUGCUCCAGGGAUGGUUGCUGGGGGCCUGGCCCGGACCAGUGUGUUUCCUGCCUCAACUACAGCCGUGAAGGAACCUGUGUGAGCUCCUGCAGCUUCUAUGAGGGGGAGGUUCGAGAAUUUGUACAAGAUGGAACAUGCUUGCCGUGCCAUCCACAGUGCCAGAAGAUCGAGGGAGGCCUAACCUGCAAUGGAUCGGGUGCAGAUGCCUGCACAAAAUGCGCAAACUACAAGGACGGGCCACACUGUGUGGAGAGAUGCCCUGAGGGCAUCCUAGGGGAGAAGGGCCUCAUCUUCAAGUUCCCUGAUGUGAACAAGGAGUGCUGGCCAUGCCACGAGAACUGCACGCAAGGGUGUGAUGGUCCACUGAUUGAAGAUUGCUUCAUUGAGGAACUUCCUGUUGCCAGGACGGCCCCAACUCUGAUCGCCGUGAUGGUGGUGGGCUGCCUCUUUGUCUUCUGCUCCUGUGUCUUGCUGACUUUCUUGUAUUGCCGCGGCAAGAAGAUCCAGAAGAAGCGAGCCAUGCGGAGAUACCUUGAAAGAGGGGAGAGUUUGGAGCCCCUGGAUCCCAGUGAGAAAGCCAAUAAGGUUCUGGCCCGUAUUUUCAAGGAGACAGAAUUAAAGAAAGUAAAAGUUCUUGGAUCAGGAGUGUUUGGAACAGUGCACAAAGGUUUCUGGAUUCCAGAUGGAGACUCCCUUAAGAUCCCUGUGAGCAUCAAAGUUAUCCAGGACCCAAGUGGCCGGCAAACCUUCCAUGCUGUCACCGAUCACAUGUUGGCAAUAGGUAGCCUGGAUCAUGCUUAUAUUGUGCGCCUCCUGGGCAUCUGUACUGGCACGCAGCUGCAACUUGUCACACAGUUCCUGCCUCUGGGAUCAUUGCUGGAAUAUGUCCGCAAAAACAAGGAUGCCAUUGGGCCACAGCUGAUGCUAAACUGGUGUGUGCAGAUCGCCAAGGGUAUGUACUAUCUGGAGGAGCACCGCAUGGUCCAUCGUAACCUUGCUGCCCGCAAUGUUUUGGUAAAAUCUCCUAGCCAAGUACAAGUGGCAGAUUUUGGCAUUGCUGACUUACUGUAUCCGGAUGACAAGAAAUACUUCUACAAUGAGAUUAAGACACCAAUAAAAUGGAUGGCCUUGGAGAGCAUACAUUUUGGAAAAUAUACGCACCAAAGUGAUGUGUGGAGUUACGGAGUGACAUUAUGGGAGAUGAUGACCUUUGGGGGUGAACCUUAUGCUGGGAUCCACCUUUCAGAAGUGCCUGACCUUCUGGAGAAAGGGGAGCGUCUUGCACAGCCCCAGAUCUGCACCAUUGAUGUCUACAUGGUGAUGGUAAAAUGCUGGAUGAUUGAUGAGAACAUUCGUCCCACCUUCAAAGAGCUAGCAAAUGAGUUCACACGGAUGGCACGCGACCCCCCUCGCUACCUUGUGAUUAAGAGGGAGAGUGGGACGCUUUCCCCGAUCGAACCACCCACACUCAGUGAAAAGGAGCUGGAUGAAAUGGAGACACUGGAGAUGGCGACAGAGUUGGAGGAAGAGGAGGAACUUAAUAACCUCUUUGCCUCCAGGCAGUGGAUCGACUCCAUACGGAGUCCAAAUCUUUUGAAUCCCUCAACUGGAUACAUCCCCAUGAAUCAGAGCAGCCUCACUGGAAGUUACCAGAGCACUGGACUGGGCUCACGGCAGACUUUGCGUGUACGGCAGGAGUCAAUGGGCCGCACCGUGUCAGAGUCGUCAGAGGGCCGGGGCACUGCCUCCGAGUACGACCUCACGGAGGAUCUGUCAUUGUCGGGCAGCCUGUGCCGCAGCCUGCGGUCCCGGGGAGACAGCGCCUACGUGUCCCAGCGGGAGAGCCUGAUGCUCCCCAUUGGAAGUACAGAUGGAGAGGAAGAUGCCAACGGCUACGUCAUGCCGGAUCGAAAUGGCAGAGGACGUGCUGCCGGCAUCGUUGCCUCCGUGGCCCACAGCUCACUUCCUGUGCAUGAAGUGGAUGAAGAGUAUGAGUACAUGAACCGGCGCGCUCCGCAGCCUCCGCAACCACGGCCUGCCUCUCUGGAGGAACUGGGCUAUGAGUACAUGGAUCUGGGCUCAGAGCUGAGCGCAUCCUUGGGCAGUGUGCCGAGCUCCCAACUAACCACACCCUGCCGGGAGGAUGAGGAAGAUGAAGAGGACUAUGAGUACAUGAACAAGCAGCCCAAACUCAGCAAGUCCCUGAGCAGCAUUCGCAGCUCUCGGGGAGACUAUACUGACAUGGACUCCGGCAUCACCCAGGGCUCCCCAGACGAGCAGGGCUAUGAGGAGAUGGAUGCUGUCUUGCCCCCAGUCCAGUGCCUGGGCUGCCAGAGUCCACCCUGUCCAGCAAACGGAUUCAUGAAGCCCCUGCGCACGCUGGAGGCCUCAGACUGUGCUUUCGACAAUCCGGAUUACUGGCACAGCCGGCUGUUCAGCAAGGCCAAUGCUCAGAGGACUUAAGCCCAUGGGUGGCUGCUUCGCUGUCCCUUUCUGGGGCACCCAGAGCCAAAACCACGCUCUUGUUGUGCUUGUGGGCCGAAAGGAAGGACUUUCUGAUGCUCCUAAGCAAGCACUGUGGCACUGGCCAUAAAGAGCAAGUGUAGCAAGACCUGCCAAUGGCAGGCUCCCCUGGGGUUGCAUCAGAGCUCCCUGCCUUGCCCUGCGGUUUGACCUCAGCAGUUCAAAUGCUCUGGACCCCGCGGGUAAACAGAACCAUUUUCAGGUGACCUGUCUAAACUGCAGGAUCCAUUCCUGUCCAAACACAGAGGGAGGCCCGCUUUUGCAAGGUAGGGCUUCUGCAUGGAGGAGGAGGAGAUGUGCCGGCGGCUUCCUUGAAUCUGGGGAGCCGGUGCCCAGAUGGGUGACACCAACUCUCCUGGCAGCAGGGCCAGUUUGUGAUGCCAGGCAGAAUCCUGUGUGACAAGGCCCAAGAGGUGUUACUGCGCCCUGCACCGGUCCGAGCCUUGAGGUGCUUGGCGUGCAGCCUUCGCAAAGACAGCCCUCUGCCAUCAGUGACAGGGGGCCCCAAGCACAAGCCAACUCUGCUGAGCCGUGUAGGUGACCGAAAGAUUUGGGGAAGGGCUUCUUGGUGAAGAAGGGGGUGCCCUUUGCUUGCUGUGCCCCAUCCCGACCAUGUAUGCAAUAGAGGAAGAGAGGAUUCGUUAUCAGGGUGGAUAUGAAGGAUGUGCUUUUUCUGAAAGCCUGUCUAUUACAACCUCAUGUAGGGGAACAAUGUGCCCAGGGAUGGGCAAGUUAGGACUUGUGCCUUUUGAUCCUACCUCUCAGUCAGACACGUCACUUAGAAAAGAUGCUUUCACACCCUGAACCUCCACCGUCCUGCCUUCAUCUCUGCUAGUGCUGCUUCAGCGUGCCAUUAGCAACCCUUGUGCCUUACCAGCUCCUCUCUGGAUGGAGAUGCUUGAGAAGUGGGGCGAACAUGUGAGAGUCCUCAACGUGAAUCUCUGCCCUAGGCAGCUGGAAUCCUCUCUCUCGCUCUGUGUCUCACCUGUGGAAGAUCCCGUAGUAAUCUCCGGCAUCUCAGAAUGAAGAGCAAGAGAAAGAGCGAGCGCAGACUGCUCUGAAGAAGAGAGACUGGCAGGCAGAAAGAGUUUGGAGCAGAGAGUUCUCCUGUGAGGCGACAUUCUUCUUACUUCCUUCUGGAAUGAGAUGGUUUAUGGGAUGCUGCGUCACAGGACGGGAUGUGUAAAAACAGCACCAAUCACAAAGUGCUUGCUGCAAUCAGUGAACAAGUGAGGGGAGAUGUUUUACUGCUGAAGACUCUACCUCUACCCAGGAGGCUGCAAAGGUGCAUUAUGGGCCUUAAUAAUGUUAUUCCUGAUUCUUCCGAAUCAGAUUUCUUUACAUGGGAGUAUGGUUGGGGAACAGAUCUCUCCCUUUCAUCACCACCUUCCCACCCUUCCCUGAAGGCCAGUCAUAUUGUACAUAGCCUUGACUUUGUUCCCACACGUUUGGGAUUGCAUCAUAUAAAGGAUAUUUACAAAAGGGAGAAACUCAAAUCGAAUCAGGGAGAGACGAAGGCUUUAAGUAAAGCUCUGAAUUUGGUCUUCAUAUCGUGUCUUGAGUCCUGAAAAUGGUCUCUGUAAUCUGGUUCUAACGUGGUCUGCAUUCUGGAUUGGUUCAUAAUUUGCAUUGCAGAGCGCUGUUAGGUGAGGGGAAAAAACAUCCAGAUUGUUCUACAGUCCUCUAUGUUGCUCUCCAGGCUCCCCUUUGAAUUGCUAAUAGGUGGCUGAAAGGAGAUUUUUCAAAAUGUAAUGCAUUUUUGUACCAGUUAUGUAAUCAACAACAAAAAUCAAGGUUUGUAGAGAAUAUGAAUGUAUUUCCAUCCUUUCUCCAACCUCUCCAGUCCAAACAAAUGGGGGUAGAGAGGAGGAGGAGGAGGAGGAGGAGGAGGAGGAGUGUGCUGUGUAUGAGAGGAAUUCCACUUUCUAUCAGACCAUGGCUGCACAGGCCCAGGUUUUCCUCCUUACCAAGCUUGUUUGGUAAUUAAACAGCCUGAAGGAGCAAUCAGAUUUUGCCUUGCAAGUUCUUAGACUUUGUGGUUAUGGUAUACUCUGUCCACUAUGUGUUCCUUCUCUCCUGCCCACUGUGAGAAACACCAGGAGUUGAUAAAACAAAUGAGUUUCCAUUUCAGAUCAGAGCUUUACAGGGUGUGGUGAAAUAUCAACAGCUGAAAGGCAGCCAAGUUUUCCUGGCUUCUAUCAAUAGUACUGGGCUUCUCUACAUGAGGCAUUUCUCAGCAAUUCCAACCCAAGAGGUGCUGGAUAAUGUAAGAGCAGGGAGCUAGGUGUGCUGUUAGACUGCCCCCUAGAGUCUUUUUGAGUAAAAACUUACUGCUUUUUAAUUCGCCUACUGAUUCCACUACAAAUUCACUAAAGAAUUGAGAGCCAGUGUGGUGUAGCGGUUAAGAGCACAGGUCUGGGACCCAGGCGAUCCAGGUUCUAGUCCUCACUCAGCCAUGGAGUCAACUGGGUGACUUUGGGCCAUUCACAGACUCAGCCCAACAUACCUCACAGGGGAUAAGACCGGGAGCAGGAGAAUGAGAAUGAUGUAAGCAGCUUUGACUUCUUUAAAAAAGAAGGUUGGAUAUAAAUCAAGGAAGGAAGGAAGGGAAGGGUUCUUCGUCGUGGUCUCUGCGUAUCACACAUGUGGGCUUUGUAACGCAGCGCAAGGCCUAGAUCGGAGAGAAACUUCCAAAGCUAAGUGUCAUGGGUCCUAGAAGGGUUUCAGGGGAGAAGGAAAUAGAAAAUUGUUCUCUUCCCACAGAAAUGAAGCCACCCUAUCCUGUUGUCAUACUACAGGACAAAUAUGGCAAAAUCACUGCAGUACUUAAAAUAAGAGCACUCGUAGAUGAGAGCCGAGGCUUAUCUAGUGCAGCAUUUAGUUCCCACUGUGGCCAAUCAGAUGCCUGUGGGAAGCCAGCAAGUAGGCUGGGGUGCAAGAAUACCCUCUUGCUUGUACUGCCCAGCAAACCGUAUUGAGAGACAUCAUGCCUCCGAUACAGGAGAUGACAGAUAUCCAGCAUAACCAAUAGCCAUGCAAGUAAUCUUUGAGUAGGCCGUACAUGCUCAGCCAAAAUGAGAGAAUGCCCCAUCGCACAUAGUAGAACGUUCCAGUUUUGAGUAUACCUGCAUAUGAUUACACCAUCAGGGUCUACAAAAAGCAGCAUCACUUCAGAAUUGGGUGAUAUCAUGGAAGAGUUCUUAGCUUUACUUCUAGAGCCAGGAAAUAUCCUCCAAGCCACCUCUCAAGGUUUCUUUUCCUUUCUUCAAAACUUCGCAGCAAUUAAGACCUGCUCAAUGGAAUCCUUUGUGGUUGUGGUAGUUACUGCUUAAUUUUGAUUGGACCGACAUCCCGCCUUCCUGCAAACACUCCUGGCCCCAAGAAUUUAUUAAGGACCAGAGCCCUAGAACAACACCAAGCAUUGCAUGGCAGUCAUUCAACAAACAAAGCUUGAUUGUUCCAAGGAGCUCAUUCUGAGUCAAACUGCAGGCAUGUAUUGAAUUCAGAAAGUACCAAGAAUAAAAAUUCAGUGUUAUCUUGAUGCUCAUAACUAUCAAAGUACUUUUACAAGUUGCAUAUAAAAUAGU